AUGAAGCAAUUAUUUGUUCUGCUGUCAGUGUUGUUGGUCCUUGUGUCUUCUCGUCCUGAUGUGUUGCUCAACUGCACAUCUGGAGAAGGUCUCACUGCCGGACUCGUCUGUGAUUUUAAGACGGACUGUGAAGAUGGCUCAGACGAGGAGUUUUGUGGGUCAUGUUUCUUUGAGGAUCACUCCUGUGGUUGGAAAGACAUCAGUGGUGUCUCCUACCGCUGGAGUCGGCAGAUGGCAAACAUCACCUCAAUACCUGGACUGGACCAUACGAUGGGAAGUCCAUUUGGACAUGUCAUGUAUAUAGAUGGCAAACAAGGCGGUUUUCUCUCUACGGCUAAUUUGGAGUAUUCUGUUGACCACCUGGCAGCUCUGGGAUGCCAGAUGAGCUUCUGGUACCAUAUUUACAAUAAUUCAUCAUCCUCAUCAGCACCAACCUUUAAGGUAAAAUUGAUCAGAGGCAGCACUGAGGAAAAGUUGCUACAGCUUUUUAAAAUUAACACAGACGGUUGGGAGAAUGCCACAGUUUUCAUUGGAAAUCGUCCGGGAGGAUACAAGCUGCGGUUUUCGUUCAGCCCUCAAUAUUUGGAGGCCAACGACGUUAUGUUGGAUGAUGUCAGGUUUGACCACUGCAGAGAGGGCGAUUUCCCUGUAGGAUCAGAUCAACUCUCAUGUGAUUUUGAAAAGGACACGUGUUCCUGGUACGACGACUACACUGCCAGCCUUUUGUGGAAAACAAGCAAUGAAAUAUUUAGUGAAGACUCAACUCCGAAGGGCUACUACAUGCUUGUAACUGCAAACUACAACCUGGAUAUCUCAUCAACAGCCAGACUCAUCAGCUCCCCUCGACCUGCAGAUCAAGUCAUAUGUGUGAGCUUCUUGUACCACAUAUUCGGCACCAGCAUUGGUUCACUGAAGUUUAUUGCAAAGCGUUCUGGUGAAGCGGAGACGGUUGUGUGGAUGAGAAGUGGCACCCAGGGAUACAAAUGGAGAUUUGCAGAUCUUACCUUCACCAGUGACAAACCAAUACAGUUCAUUAUAGAAGCUGUGGUGGGUGGUAAGGAGGGCAGCAUAGCCAUUGAUGACGUCAUGGUGUCCAGCAGUGAGAAUGGCUCUUGCCCGGCUGAGAGAGAGUGCACCUUCCAGGGUUCCCUCUGUGGUCUGCUGCCCCAAUCGUCUGCAGACUUCAGCUGGAGCCGGAUUACGGGGACGUCCCGACCAGCCAACUCUUCAGGCCCAGCCACAGAUCACACUCUGGGGACAGAUGGAGGUUAUUACCUGAGUGCCCAGUUGUGGAGUCACCCUGUGGGGUCCAGAGGCGCGGUGAUGACUGCGGUGAUGGAGCCCACUGCUGCUGAUGGAGAAUGCCUAAUGUUCUGGUACUACAUGGAGGGAAGUGAAGUGGGGGAACUUAGCGUUUACCUUCAAACCCUCGACGGCAAAGGUGUCCUGCUCUGGACCAGAAGUGGAGAUCAGGGGAAGCACUGGAGGCACGGAAGAGUGACACUGUUUAGUCCCAGUGCUCCGUAUCAGGUGAUCUUUGAGGCGGUGGUUGGGGAUGGACUGAGGAGAGAUAUCGCCAUUGACGACCUCACUGUCCUGAAUGGCGCCUGUCCCCCGACCGGAUUUUGCGACUUUGAAAUGGACUUCUGUGGUUGGGUGAACAAUCCUCCAGCAAAGUCCGGAGUGGACUGGGACUGGCUCUCAGGGCACAGCAAGGUUAAGCUUAUUCCAGAAAGUGACCACACCACAAAUUCUGUUUUGGGCCACUUUGCCUUCUUCACGUCCUUGAAGUCUAGUGGAGAAGAAAUUGCGCAACUGGAGAGUGAGACUAUGGAGGCAGUAGAGCGAGCUUGCCUGGAGAUCUGGCACCAGGCCGACGGGUACCUCAUCGAUAAGCCCUCAUAUGUUACACUGACAGUGUUUGUGAAUGAGACUACUGGACUGCGUCCUGUUUGGACUACAAAUGGAUUUAUGAAUGACACGUGGAUUCAGGACAGGGUGGACUACAAUUCAUCAGGGCCUCACCAGAUCAUAUUACAAGCCCAUUGUACCGAGUUAAUGCAUGGAAUCUUUGCGCUGGACGACGUCCACAUCAUCAGGGGCCGGUUCUGCGAUGACAUUAUUCCAACCACCACUCCAGCCCCUCCCACCACGACCCCCACUGCUCCUGCCUCCAACAUGGACUGCACUUUUGAACAAGGUGUCCGUGUUUUCUUACUGUUGAGUGGAUCUGGGUCUAAGGAUGGGGAGAGAGCAGCCAUCUCUGUUCCUCUCAUCAGUCUAACGUCACAGAUCUGUGUUGGAUUCUGGUACUACAUGCUCGGGCCUUCUGUGUCCACCCUGGACCUGCUGGUAAAGACAAAAUCCUCUGAACUGUUAGUCUGGACUCGCCGGGGGACUCACAAUCCAGAGUGGAUUAACGCACAAGUAACCAUCAACAUGAACAACACCAUACGGCUGAUGUUCACUGGCCAUAGAAACACCAACAGUCAAGGAUUCAUUGCCAUUGAUGACAUUCAAGUGAAGGAGGGGGCCUGCAGUCAUCAGUAUACGUGUGGGUUCGAUUCCAGCUGGUGUGACUUUCAGAACGGUGUCAAUCACAAGGGUCGCUGGGGUCGCAAGAGAGGCACAAAAUAUCAGGUGGAUCACACCUAUGGAACUGAAAAUGGUUUCUACAUGACUUUGAUGACAUCAUCUAACCCGAUACAGCCAGAAGUAGCUGAGCUGCUAACACCAGUGUUCACCUCAGCUCUAGAGAUAUGUGUGCGCUUCUGGUACUGGAUCCCUGCAGGGUCUGGCAUCCUUGGCGUGCAUGUGCUGUGGAGCGGGGAGGUGGGUGAUGCACUUUGGGAACGAUCUGGAGCGCCCUCUUCAAACUGGGAGUUAGCAGAGGUCACUGUGUCCUCCCCUGGAAACUUCCACGUUGUAUUUAAGGCAGCCCAUGUGCCAGGCACCAACUCCACAGUGAAAUUAGAUGAUAUUUCUGUGAGGGAGGGGGCCUGCAGUCCUCCAGGCAGCUGUGACUUUGAGGCUGGACAGUGUACUUGGGUCAACAUCCCCAAAGAAGAUGGACAUGACUGGGUGCUGGCUAGUGGAGGCUUCCAGGGUCCACCGACAGACCACACAACUCAGACCCCAGAGGGUUGGUUCUUGUUGAGCUCAUCACAGCACCUGAACCACAGCAACGGAGCGCAGGUUUUGUCAGAAUGGAUCCAGAUGAGAGACAUCACCUCUUGUAUCACCUUAUGGUACCAUAUGGACGUCAGUAAGUCUGGCACGUUGAAGGUAUUGAUGCGUUCAGGGCCAUUGGAAGAAGAUCUGGUGUUCAACAGUACCAGCAGUGGUCGCGGCUGGACCAGGUUCUCUAAGUCUGUAGAGAGGAUCAAACCUUUCCAGCUGCUGAUCAAAGCAGAGACUAACAACUUUGGAUUUAUUGCCAUCGAUGACAUCAGUGUCAGACCAGGCCCUUGUCAAGUAAAUGAAACAAAUUCGGUAUUUGUGGGUUGCACAUUUGAAAAUGGAACAUGUGGCUGGGAGGACAUCAGUUCUGGCCAGUGUCAGUGGAUGAGAAGAAGGAAUGCCACUGGGAACACUGGACCCUCUGUGGACAACACAGUGAGCACUGAACUUGGUUGGUACAUGUCUGUGGAGCCUGACCGAGGAGAUAAAGUGAGUCCUGCUGCUGUGCAGAGUCCCACCAUGAAACAGGCCAGCGCCACCUGCACACUACACUUCUACUACAACAUGGAGGGAGAGGACAAAGAGAUGCUGAAUGUGCUGCUGAAGGAGGGCUCCAGGACCACUGCACUGUGGUGGCUGUCUGGUAACCAUGGAGAUGCGUGGCAUCACGGUGAGGUAAGGGUUGGUCGAAUUCCACAGGAAUUCACCAUCCUGUUUGAAGCCAGCAGGACCUUCAGCAGGCCUGGACACGUUGCCAUCGACGACAUUGGUUUCAUCAACUGCACACUGCCCGAGCCCCAACCAUCGUGUCCAGAUAAUAUGUUUGUGUGCAACAACAGUGUGUGUGUGCAGCACAACCAAGUGUGUGACUUCAGUGAUGACUGUGGGGACUGGUCUGAUGAGAGCAACUGUGAGCAACAAGCUGUUGCUGAGCGAUGCAGCUUUGAACAAGGCCUUUGUUUCUGGGAGCAAAGCGAUGUGGACACAGCUGUAGUUGCGUGGACGCGUCACAGAGGACAGGAGGCUUGGCCCAGACACGGGCCGUCCAGGGAUCACACCCACAACUCUGAUGCAGGUCACUAUGUCGUCCCCGGAGAUCUGACUGAGAACGGCCAGACAUCAGACACCCUCUCCAACACUUUACUAGCCAGCUCCAACUGCACUGUGAGAUUCUUCUACUUCAGCCUGGAUGAUGCUCCAGCCACACUGACGGCCUGGUCCAGGACGCUGCAGACUGGCAGUGAGGACGCUCUGUUAUGGCUCAGGGGAAACUCACACAGCUACGACUGGCAGAGGGCAGAGGUCACGCUCUCCUCCUCAGUCAAUAGCAAGAUAGUCUUCAGAUAUGAGAGAGGUGACGGUCUCAGAGGGCUGGUCGCGCUGGACGACAUCUCUUUCUCAAGGGAGUGUCUAUUUGACCCUGAGAACAACAAACUGCCUGAGGAGGAUGGCUGUGGUCGGUGCACAUUUGAGAGUGACCAGUGCCAAUGGACGGACACCAGUGAUGGACAGAGCAAGUGGCAGAGACAGAAAGCCAGUAACAACACCGAGCCUCCCACGGAUCACACUACAGAGACUGGCUACUACAUGAGAGUGAAUUUCAGUCAGGGGUCCACUCAGACUGAAGCUCGCCUCCAGAGUCCCCCACUCCCCCCUUCAUCCCCCUACUGCCAGCUUCUGUUUCACUUCCACAUCACUGCAGAGAGUUCUGGGUCACUCCGAGUGCUUAUGCAGCAAGCUGAGGGGAGUGAAGCAAUCCUGUGGUCACGUAGUCACAACACUGUCUCCCAUUGGCCCUCAGAGCAUCUGCCUGUGGGCCGGCACCAGCAGCCAUAUAAGGUUUGGUUCAGCGGCAUGAAUGAAGGGAUUCAGACGGACCCGACUUCUGGAGGUCCCAAUGUUGCCGUGGAUGAUGUUUCUUUUAUAAACUGUGAAAAGUCCUACCAACCACCAGCUCUGUCUGCCUGUGGCUGCUCUUUUGAAGAUGGUCUGUGUGUCUGGGUUCAGGGGGCUGAAGAUGAGCUGGACUGGCUCAGCAGGUCUGGUCCCACUGAAACCCCCAACACCGGGCCUGCAGGAGACCACACUACCGGCAAAGGUAAAUACAUUUACAUAAAAAGUUCCAGACCAAGCGUGAAGGGAAAUAUGGCCCAGCUGAAGUCUUUGCUGCUGCCACCUGCUGGUGAACAAGGAUACUGUUUCACAUUUUGGUACCACGUGUUCGGAGCUACUGCCGGUUCCUUGAGGAUGCUUCUACAAACAGCUGAUCCCUUAAUGAAAACAUUGGUGUGGCAAAAAUCAGGAAACCAAGGGGAUGAGUGGCUGCUGGUGCAGAGCCAUGUGACCUUGCAGAAAGUCCACCAAGUGAUUCUGGAGGCUACCGUGGGGGGAGAAGCAGGAGACCUAGCCAUCGAUGACAUCUCCUUCAUCAGUGGACCAUGUCCUAACUCUGAUAUGUGUGAUUUCGAGGAGGGAAGCUGUGACUGGCAGCAGCAGACCACCGAUGACUUUGACUGGGUCAGACAGUCGGGCUCCACCAUCAACCCCAACACUGGCCCGGACAGCGACCACACCACCAACACACCCAGAGGCCAUUACUACUACCUGUCCUCCUCCGCUGCCGACCGCGCGGGACAGACAGCUAAAAUGUCUUCACCACUGUACCCUGCAGGCAAAGGAGCGUGUGUGCAGCUAUGGUACCACAUGUAUGGCAAAGGAAUGGGGCUGCUCAACGUUUACCAGCAGACUGAAGAAGGGACGCAAGCUCUGAUUUUCUCUCAGACAGGAGACCAGGGUCGGCUGUGGAGGUUCGCGCAGGCGUCACUUUUGCCCCGAGUUCAGCCUUACAGGAUUGUUGUGGAAGGUGUGAAGGCCGGCCCCACCCAGGAGGGAGACAUGGCGUUUGAUGAUGUCCGGCUGACAGACACUCAAUGUCCUCCUCCUGGACAUUGUGACUUUGAGAGCAACUCGUGCAGCUGGAGCAACCUGGGAGGAGGAGUUGACCAGGGGGACUGGCUCCGUGGUAGAGGAGCCUCCCCAAACCCCAGCACGGGGCCCUGUGUUGACCACACCACCAACUCCACACGUGGUUUCUAUCUCUAUGUGGACAGUUCAGUGGGUGAGUGGGGAGACUUGUCCUUCCUGAUCAGUGAAGUGUUCCAGCCGUCCACCAGAGGUCACUGUCUGACAUUCUGGUACCACAUGUAUGGCAACCAUGUUGGGACUCUGAGAGUUUACAUAAAUGACAGAAAAACGCACUCUGGUGGAGACGAAGAAGGGAUUCUGAAGUGGAUUGAGACCGGAAACCAGGAAGCCAGGUGGCAGGAGGCCAGUGUGACCGUUAAACAUGGAGAAGCAUUCUGGUUUGUGUUUGUGUAUCAGCGCGGUAUCGGUAUGGAUGGGGAUGUUGCUCUUGAUGACAUCACUAUCCUCCCUGGCAGCUGCUUCUCAGAGCCCCCCAUUGACCCGCCUGGGGAUAAUAACGAGAUAUUGUCUGCAGGUCUGGCUGUUGGUCUGACUAUGCUGGCUGGAAUCAUCAUCUCAAUCGUCCUCUUUAUGAUGAACAGGACGUGUAGUAUAACGAAUCAGCCGACAAUUGUGAAUGACGACGCAAUGAACGAGAACUCUGCGUUUGACCUCUUUGACUGCAAGAUAGAUGGCACAGAACAUGGAACUCAAUCGGACUUUUCCUUCUUCAACCGUCUGUAUAAUCCAUCUCCACUUGUGACUGACACCACAGUAGCUUCAUCUGAUGCUUAGUCCAGAUUAAUAACUUAGAUGAAACAAAUAACCCAUUCACCAAUUUGUAAAUUCUACCUGUGUUCUUGGAGAUAUUUGAUUCCCAUUUUAACUGUUAUUUAUAAGAUUAAAUAUUGAUGUUAGUUGGGUAUUUUGCUGAGAAAAGAAUGCAUGAAAAGGAUAAAUUAAUGUUAAAGUGAAAGGUAAUGUCAGUUAAAUGAGAAAGUAUCAGUUGUAAUAAUGACAAGGGGAGUAAGAAGCAUGUGAUCAGAUGUUUUGCUAAUCUACAAACCCCUUGACUGAGGAUUGUUGAACAAUGAAAAUGUAAACUUUUUGGAAAAUAGAAUUAAACAUACACCGUGUUGUAGCUUG